AUGCAGAAUUCGAUCGCUCUUUCGGCUAGGAUGCCCACCGCCAGACGUGCCAGAAAGGGCAUAUCUGACGCUCAGAAACAGGCUCUACGUAGAGCCUGCGUUGAAUGGUUUCAAUCCCAAUUUGGUCGCCUUAUUGAUCGGGCUACUGUCUCAAGGAUCCUUUCAUCUAAAUACCAGCAUCUUGAUACUGGUCCAGCUAGUCUAAACAUGCGUACGUCGGCAUCGCAUUGGCCUAUAUUGGAUGAUAAGCUCUUUGAAUGGCAACAGCGACACCAGGAUGCUGGCUUUCCGAUAACGGGGCCACUUCUUCGGUUCAAAGCUAUUGAAUACUGGAGAAAGAUACCGGAAUAUUCUAAACUACCAAUGCCUCUUUUCUCUGAUGGUUGGCUUACCCGGUUUAAACAACGUCACUCUCUCCGAUAUCAUAUCUUCCAUGGUGAAGCUGCAUCCGUUCCGAGCUCAAUACAUGAUGAGAUAAAACCUAUUCAGGUAGUCUGUGACCAAUAUGAUCAGGAGAAUAUCUAUAAUAUGGAUGAAACUGGGCUUUACUGGCGUCGUAUGCCAAAUGGUGGUCUAUCAACUGAUGGAUAUGCUGGUCAAAAGAAGGAUAAGGCCCGAAUUACUAUAGUAGUUGCAACAAAUGCUACUGGUUCAGACCGACUUCCUUUGUGGUUAAUUGGUACUGCAAAGACACCGCGAGCCCUUCGGGGGGGUAAAUUUCCAGGCGAUUGGAUGUACCUGGCGUUGGAAUAA